AUGAAAGACAAAUUCGGCAAGGAAUGUAAGAUAUGUGAACGGCCAUUCACUAAUUUCCGAUGGCAACCAGGAAAGGGUGCACGUUACAAGAGCACGGAGUUAUGUCAGACUUGCGCCAAGGUGAAGAAUGUGUGCCAAACGUGUAUGUUCGAUCUGGAAUAUGGACUUCCUGUGCAAGUUCGUGAUGCAGCUCUUCAAAUAGCCGAUAAUAUCCCUCGCCAAGGAGCCAACAGGGAUUUUUACCUUCAGAACGCAGAGCGAGCUCUUGCGAACACUGACGGCACGACACCAAUAGGAGCACUAGCUAACAUUGGUGACACCGCUGGAACAGAAAUGUUAAAGCGGCUUGCGCGGACGGCACCAUAUUACAAACGAAAUGCACCUCACAUUUGUUCAUUCUAUGUGAAGGGUGAAUGUAAGAGAGGAGAAGAGUGCCCAUAUCGCCACGAGAAACCAUCUGAUCCUGAUGACCCAUUGUCUACUCAAAAUAUCAGAGAUCGAUAUUAUGGAAGCAAUGAUCCUGUAGCAGAGAAGAUUCUCAACAGAGCCAAGGCCAUGCCAGCGCUAGAACCUCCCGCAGAUACUACGAUAACUACGUUAUACGUGGGUAAUCUUGGACCAGCCGGACAAAUAACGCAGAAAGAUUUGAAGUUUGUUCGAAUAACACUGCUACAAUAUCUGUUUCUGAGCUUCGAAACCCUUAUUUCAACCAUUUUCAGUGACUACUUUUAUCAGUUUGGCGACAUCCGAAGUUUACGCUUAUUGGAGGCGAAGUCUUGUGCGUUUAUACAGUUUACCACACGAGAAUCAUGUGAAAUGGCUGCUGAAAGAUCGUUUAAUAAACUGUUUCUAAAGGGUCGUCGUCUAGUUAUUCGAUGGGGGACGCCAAAGCCACAUAAAAGGGAAUGCUUCAGCGAACCAUAA